CCUCUGCUAGCCUGGCCCAGCCCUCGGACUGUCAGCGCUCCAGCUGGUGCCGUGACCCCAGCUGCCCUUGAGGUCACCAUGAUGUGGUUCCCCUCAGCUGCAUUCUCCCUGUUCCUGCUGCUGCUGCUGCACCAGGCCCCUACCAGCAGGUCACAGUCUCUGGGUACCAAGAAGCUCCGGCUGGUGGGCCCCGGGAACAGGCCAGAGGAGGGCCGCCUAGAGGUGCUGUACCAGGGCCAGUGGGGCACCGUGUGUGACGAUGACUUUGCUCUCCGGGAGGCCACGGUGGCCUGCCGCCAGCUGGGCUUUGAAGCUGCCUUGACCUGGGCCCACAGUGCCAAGUAUGGCCAAGGGGAGGGACCUAUCUGGCUGGACAAUGUGCACUGUGCAGGCACAGAGAGCUCCCUGGACCAAUGUGGGUCUAAUGGCUGGGGUGUCAGUGAUUGCAGCCAUUCAGAAGAUGUGGGGGUCAUGUGCCACCCCCAGCGCCAGCGUGGCUACCCUUCUGAGAAGGUCUCCAAUGCCCUCGGGCCCCAGGGCCAGUGGCUGGAAGAGGUGCGGCUCAAACCCAUUCUUGCCAGCACCAGGCGGCAUAGCCCAGUGACUGAGGGAGCUGUGGAGGUGAAGUAUGAUGGCCACUGGCGGCAGGUGUGUGAUCAGGGCUGGACCAUGAACAACAGCAGAGUGGUGUGUGGGAUGUUGGGCUUCCCCAGCGAGCAGCCUAUCAACAGCCACUACUACAGGAAAGUCUGGAAUCUGAAAAUGAAGGAUCCCAAGUAUAGGCUCAACAGCCUGGCCAAUAAGAAUUCCUUUUGGAUUCACCGAGUCAACUGCCUAGGGACAGAGCCUCACAUGGCCAACUGCCAGGUGCAGGUGGCUCCAGCACGGGGCAAGCUGCAUCCAGCCUGUCCAGGUGGCAUGCAUGCUGUGGUCAGCUGUGUGGCAGGGCCUCGCUUCCGCCCACCAAAGAUGAAGCCACGACGCAAGGAGUCCUGGGGAGAGGAACCCAGGGUGCGCCUGCGCUCCGGGGCCCAAGUGGGCGAGGGCCGGGUGGAAGUGCUCGUGAACCACCAGUGGGGCACAGUCUGUGACCACAGGUGGAACCUCAUCUCUGCCAGCGUUGUGUGUCGUCAGCUUGGCUUUGGCUCUGCUCGGGAGGCCCUCUUUGGGGCCCAGCUGGGCCAAGGGCUAGGGCCCAUCCACCUGAGUGAAGUACGCUGCAGGGGACAUGAGCGGACCCUCAGUGACUGCCUGGCCUUGAAAGGACCCCAGAAUGGUUGUCAACAUGAGAAUGAUGCUGCUGUUAGGUGCAAUGUCCCUAACAUGGGCUUCCAGAAUCAGGUGCGCCUGGCUGGGGGGCGCAGCCCCGAAGAAGGUGUGGUGGAGGUGCAGGUGGAGGUGAACGGGGUCCAACGCUGGGGGAGCGUGUGCAGUGACCACUGGGGGCUUACUGAAGCCAUGGUGGCCUGCCGACAGCUUGGCCUGGGUUUUGCCAACCAUGCCAUCAAGGAAACCUGGUACUGGCAGGGGACGCCGGGGGCCGGAGAAGUUGUGAUGAGCGGGGUGCGCUGCUCAGGCACAGAGCUGGCCCUGCAGCAAUGCCAAAGGCACGGGCCAGUGCACUGCUCCCAUGGCACCGGGCGCUCAGCUGGAGUCUCCUGCAUGGACAGUGCUCCAGACCUAGUGAUGAAUGCUCAACUGGUGCAGCAGACAGCCUACUUGGAGGACCGCCCACUUAGCCUGCUGUACUGUGCCCAUGAAGAGAACUGCCUCUCCCAGUCUGCUGACCACAUGGACUGGCCCUAUGGACACCGGCGCCUACUGCGCUUCUCCACGCAGAUCUACAACCUGGGUCGAGCUGACUUUCGUCCAAAGACCGGACGCCACAGCUGGAUUUGGCACCAGUGCCACAGGCACUACCACAGCAUUGAGGUCUUCACCCACUAUGACCUGCUUACUCUCAAUGGCUCCAAGGUGGCUGAAGGGCACAAGGCCAGCUUCUGUUUAGAGGACACGAAUUGCCCAACAGGACUGCAGCGGCGCUAUGCGUGUGCCAAUUUUGGAGAACAGGGAGUGACCGUAGGCUGCUGGGAUACCUACCGGCAUGACAUUGAUUGCCAAUGGGUGGAUAUCACAGAUGUGGGCCCUGGGGACUAUAUCUUCCAGGUGGUUGUGAACCCUAAGUAUGAGGUGGCAGAGUCAGAUUUCUCCAACAACAUGAUGCGUUGCCGCUGCAAGUACGACGGGCAGCGGGUCUGGCUACACAACUGCCACACAGGAGAUUCGUACCCAGCCGAUACAGAACACUCCCUGGAGCAGGAACAGCGUCUUAGAAACAACCUCAUCUGAAGACACCACUGCACGUUACCAGCUGCUGUCCACACAUCAGAUACCUCAGCUUUUUGGAGCCAUGCCCUUCAUGGAGCCCUAAUUCAGAGGAAAAGGGGCCAGUGCCAAGGGGCAUCAAGAACCUGCUCAGGAAGCCUUUUGAUGGCAAGAUCACCAAUCCAGAUGGUACUGCUCCCACAGGAUGGCUCUGGCCGGUUCCCUAAGAGCCUGUAGCCUAUAUGCAUCUUGGCCUUGAGGCUUGGCUCAGCUGACCUCUCUUCCAUAAGGAGAACCAAUCUUUCCUGGAUCUUGCUGCAGAGUUCCCGGGUUUAGGAGCUCUCAUUUCCGUAGGGAUGAACUUUGGCCCAGUUUCCCAUCUAAGUGAUGCCUUGCAAAUGUCUUAGAGGAGAAGAAUUCAGAGGACCAAAAUACAUAGCAGGUGGGGUUAGCUCUCUGCUAGGAGCACAGACCAAUAUAACUUGUGUCAAAGUCACAACUAGCAGAGAAGCUGGUGAAUUCUGUCCCUUGCUUCAUAGGUCUUCAUUUAGAACUCACUUCACACACACUGCUAAGAGUCUACUUUUCAGUGUCCUAAUCUUAAUCCUACCCUACACAUGGGUAUUUCUGACUCUCCUGGAAGCUAAGGCCUCAGGCAUCCUUCCUGCCUGAACAGCCAACAUCACCAGUUAAUGAGUGCUUGAGAAGAGGCAAAUUUCACAGAAGUGGCCCAGUGCCUUCCCACAGAGCAACUAAGAGUAGGCCUUAGAAAGACUGUUGAGGUAAUAUGGACCCCACUCCCCACCAAGAAAAAAGUGUGUGCCAUUUAUCUGGCAAGCAAUCCAAUCUCUCUCAGGAUCACUAUAAUCACAGGAUUGGCCUAAAUUCCAAGUCUCAACAAGUGUCUGGAAGGAAUUUUGCAUUGAAUUAAAUUUUGCAAUGGAAAAAAACAUCGGUCAAACAAGCCACUCAUCUCUACAGAAAUACAUAGACAGGUCUGGUAGAAUGAGGGACAGAAAACCACAAAGACUCAAUUUUGUUAAGGAUGGAACCCGUGAAAGAACACCAUCUCUGCUUGAUGUGGUUGUGAUAUGCUCUUGCUCAGGUAGUAUUGUCCCGUGGUCUUCUUGACAUGAUUCUUGAGCUUUUGUCCACUGAGACACACUUAGGAGAUAUCUGUACAGGUCUGACGUCUUAAUGCCAAUAAAGGUUGUUCAUUAUAGACGGCUACAAA